AACAAUCACUGACGGUAUAUUUUGUUGAUAAGUCCGCGGUCACACUGCACACUGCAUGUCGGUCAAAACAAAAUUUUAUACGUCGGUGGUCGGUAUGCGCAAGGAUAAUUCUCAAUAAUAAAAGCAGUGAAAAACAUGUCGGCCUUGCAAUAACAAAGCAGAAAAUAGUUUCGAAUUAUUUUCUGAGUUCAGAAAACUCCGUUCAAAUAUCUGACAAGAAAAGUAUCAAACGGCGGUUCUGUCAGCCGCAUUUUGUUUUUCGCACGUAAAAAUAAAUUGUAUUUACGUCGUCUGGCAAACAAAAGCAAGUCCGCCGAUAACCAGUAGGUGAAAGUGCUACAAUGAUAUUGGAAGGGGAUCAUCCGCAGGUGGCCAUGGUCAACUUGUGCCAGACAAUGCGCGUGGCUCAGGUCAGAUGGCGAUUGACCCACCAGCGGGCGCUGGCCGCCGUCCACGUUUUGGGCCAGGAGAAGCGCCGCUGCGGUGACCGCUUCGUCAGUCGCCAUCACUUCUUCAAACACAGCCGCGGUUUCCUUUGGUUCAUGAUGUGCAACCUGCUAAUCUCCGGCAGCACCGGCGGGGCGGAGGCGCAGCUGCUGAUCAACGUCCAGAACCAGGGCGGCGAGGUGAUCCAGGAGAGCAUAACCUCCAACAUUGGCGAGGAUCUGAUAACACUAGAGUUCCAGAAAACCGACGGGACCCUCAUCACCCAAGUUAUAGACUUCCGCAAUGAGGUUCAAAUCCUCAAGGCCCUGGUGCUUGGCGAGGAGGAGCGCGGCCAGAGCCAGUACCAAGUCAUGUGCUUCGCCACCAAGUUCAACAAGGGGGACUUCAUCUCCUCGGCCGCCAUGGCCAAGCUGCGACAGAAGAACCCGCACACGAUACGCACUCCCGAGGAGGACAAGGGCCGCGAGACCUACACGAUGAGCAGCUGGGUGCAGCUGAACCGAUCCCUGCCCAUUACAAGGCACCUGCAGACCAUCUGCACCGAGGCCAUGGACGCUACCUAUGUGCGGGAUGUGGACCUGAAGUCCUGGGCGGAGCUGCCAGGCUCGUCGAUCUCCAGCCUGGAGGCGGCCACUGAGAAAUUCCCGGACACGCUCUCCACGCGCUGCAACGAAGUGAGCAGCCUCUGGGCACCCUGCCUGUGUACCCUGGAGACAUGUAUUGGCUGGUAUCCCUGCGGCCUGAAGUACUGCAAGGGAAAAGGAGCCGGCGCGGACUCGUCCGGCGCCCAGCAGCAGCAGCAGACGAAUUAUCGCUGCGGCAUCAAGACCUGCCGCAAGUGUACACAGUUCACCUAUUAUGUCCGACAGAAACAACAGUGCCUCUGGGAUGAAUGACGGCGCGGCGAGCUGCAGCUGGUGCAGAUGCAGAUGCGCUGUGCCAGGCGGCGGAGCGACACGGAUGCGAUGGAUGCCUGCGAUGCGGCACUCGGGAUGCAGAUGGGAGUUGAAAGUGAAACAAGAGGAGCAGCGACAAUAACAGGAACAGCGGCAACAACGAAUGGCAGCAGGAGAACAGGAGAGGACACAACGGCAACAACGACGACGACCAACAAAUUACGCCAACUGCUUUUGUUGGUGCAGCAGCAGAUGCCUUUUGCUCUGUGGAGCUUUCCGGUCCAUCACAUUUCCCAUCAUCGUCAGCAUCCAGGGGAGAGGGAGAACCAGAAGCAGCAGCAUCAGCACCAACAGCCUCAUCAUCAUUCUCAGGUUGCCGCCACAUCAUCCUCCACAUCCACAAUGGCUGCCGUCGUUGCGUGAUAAUGAUAAUGCUGGGAAUAUUCAACCAGCAUCCAGGCCCCUCCGGUUCCCCGAGAAAUGAGUGUGGACACUUUUUACUUUCCACACCAUGGGGGACGGGGGCAUAGAGCCAAAGGGUGGACGGAUGGAAAAGUGUGCUCCUCUAUACUAUGUACAUAUGUAUGUACAUAUUUGUAACUACGAUUAGCUUUUAGCCCGUUUGAGUUAUACGCUUGUGCAGGAUUUCCUUUAGCCUUAGGUUUAGGUUAGAUAUCUAAUUAUCGUAAUUAAAUUUAGACCACAAAGAGCUCGCUGAACUUAGGAUUCCUACCCAGCUAUCUUUUGCUAUCUCUGAUUAUAUACUCUCACCAAAGAAUUUACUUUGGGCAAAUUUAAAUAAUAUUUCCGUCAUAUUUCAUUCAAUAAUUUAUCUAUG